AUGGAGGCCUCCUUUACAUAUCUGCUGCCUUUUGCAGUCCUCUCUGUAAUACUCUCUCUCCUCUUCCUAAAUCGAAAACGGAAUUCGAGUGGCUUAAACCUUCCACCAGGUUCGAGUGGAUGGCCAAUGGUUGGGGAAAAUAUGGAGUUUGUUCUACAAGGGCCUCAAAAAUUUGUGUACGAGAGGAUGAACAAAUACUCGCCCGAAGUGUUUCAAACAUCUUUGUUGGGAGAGAAAUUGGCAGUGUUUUGUGGGGCGCCAGGGAACAAGUUUUUGUUCAUGAAUGACAGCAAACUUCUCACUUCGUGGUGGCCACAAUCGAUGAAAAAAGCUUUGCUAUUCCCAGAGUAUGCUGACAAUUCUGUGAAGGAAGUUGGAGCUCUACAACGUAGUUUUCUUCAUGAAAUUCUUAAGCCUGAAGCCCUUAAACAGUACAUACCACUAAUGGACGCCAUGGCACGUGAACACGUUGAGACUGAAUGGGCUCCUUGUGAAGAAGUUAAGGUUUUCCCUUUGUCGAAGAAGUACACUUUUGCACUAGCCUGCAAAUUGUUUAUGAGUGUGGAAGAUCCUGACCAUGUGAAAAGAUUGGCAGAUCCCUUUACUCUUGUUACUUCCGGGAUGUUCUCAGUACCUAUAGACUUACCUGGCACGGCCUAUAAUCGUGCUAUCAAAGGGGGAAAAAUGGUUCGCGAAGAGCUCCUAAAGAUCAUCAGGGCGAGAAGAAAUGAACUAAUGGAGAGCAAAGAGACAUCAGAUCGGGAUCUAUUGUCUCGUAUGCUACUCAUAACAGAUGAACAAGGACAGUUCAUGAAUGAAAUGGAAAUUUCUAAUAACAUCAUAGGUUUACUUGUUGCAAGCUAUGAAACCACGAGUACUGCAGUCACAUUCGUUUUGAAGUAUCUUGCAGAGCUUCCCCAUAUUUACUCUGAGGUGUAUAAAGAACAAAUGGAGAUUGCUAAGUCCAAAGGUCCAGGUGAGUUGUUAACUUGGGAAGAUAUUCAAAAGAUGAAGUAUUCUUGGAAUGUGGCUUGUGAGGCACUGAGACUAUCACCACCUGCUCAAGGAGCCUUUAGAGAGGCUAUAACUGACUUUACAUAUGCAGGUUUUACCAUUCCAAAGGGAUGGAAGACGUUCUGGACUGUGCAUACAUCACACAAAAAUCCUAAAUAUUUUCCUGAGCCAGAAAAGUUUGAUCCUUCAAGGUUUGAAGGAAGUGGGCCACUCCCGUUCACUUUUGUACCCUUUGGGGGAGGACCUCGGAUGUGCCCUGGGAAAGAGUAUGCUCGACUGGAGGUGCUGGUUUUCAUGCAUAACGUGGUCAGGAAUUUCAAGAUGGAGAAAGCAAUUCCUAAUGAGAAGAUAGUAUACCAUGCAUCACCUGUUCCAAUGAAUGGUCUCCCAGUUCGUCUCCUACCUCAUGCAAAAUAA